UCAAAAUCAAAAAAGCAAAGAAAGACCUCAAUCAAACCCCAAAUAAAUUUUUUUUUCUUUGCCCUUUCCCACUUCUCAAAGGGCAUCACAUAAUGCAGCAACGACAACAAAAAUAGCAACGCCAAACACCAAACACCAACACCACCAAAUUUAGCAAACCUUGAAGCAAACACUUUUUCACUUAAAAAAACCUUAACCAUACCUUAACAACUCUUUAAUCAGCACUGAGAAAGUGAGAAUUUCUCCAUGCUCAUGUGGGUUUUUGAGUAUUUUAAGGUUUGAGGUUAUUUAUUUUUCAUCACCAAAUCUAACAAACUCUGAAAUCAACUGGGAAAAAAAAGUGAGAGACCAAACUCAUCAAUGGCUUCAAGUAGCAGAGCUACACACUCACACGGCACCAAAACCAACACCAGCAAUAGCCAAGCUCAAAACAUGAGGCUUCAACAAAGUGAGUCCACAAUCCCCAAAGCCAUUGCACAGUACACAGUGGAUGCUCGUCUUCACGCUGUGUUUGAACAGUCUGGUGAGCCAGGUAAGUCCUUUGAUUACUCUCAGUCCGUUAGAACCGCAACAGACUCAGUUCCUGAGGAACAGAUCACAGCUUACUUGUCUAAAAUCCAAAGGGGUGGUCAUAUCCAACCUUUUGGUUGUAUGAUUGCUGUAGACGAAGUUUCUUUCAGUAUAAUUAGUUUUAGUGAAAACGCACGCGACAUGCUUGCUCUUUUGCCUCAGUCAGUUCCCAGUCUAGAAAAGCCUGAGAUUUUGACAAUUGGGACCGAUGUGAGGACGCUCUUCACGCCCUCCAGCUCUGUUUUGCUUGAGAAGGCGUUUAGAGCUAGGGAAAUCACGUUGUUGAACCCGGUUUGGAUUCAUUCCAAGAAUUCGGGGAGGCCCUUUUACGCGAUUUUGCACAGGAUAGAUGUUGGGAUUGUGAUUGAUUUGGAACCUGCAAGGACUGAGGACCCAGCUCUGUCGAUUGCCGGGGCGGUUCAGUCACAGAAGCUAGCUGUCCGGGCGAUCUCGCAGUUGCAGUCAUUACCUGGUGGGGAUAUUAAGUUGUUGUGUGAUACUGUGGUGGAGAGUGUGAGGGAGCUUACUGGGUAUGAUAGGGUUAUGGUGUAUAAGUUCCAUGAGGAUGAGCAUGGUGAGGUUGUGGCAGAGAGUAAGAGGCCGGAUUUGGAGCCGUAUAUUGGGUUGCAUUAUCCGGCCACGGAUAUACCUCAGGCAUCGAGGUUUUUGUUUAAGCAGAAUAGGGUUAGGAUGAUUGUGGAUUGUAAUGCCAUGCCAGUUGGGGUGAUUCAGGAUGAUAGGCUUAUGCAGCCUUUGUGCUUGGUUGGUUCAACGCUUCGUGCUCCCCAUGGCUGUCAUGCUCAGUAUAUGGCUAAUAUGGGCUCAAUUGCCUCAUUGGCAAUGGCGGUUAUUAUCAAUGGAAAUGAUGAGGAAGGAGUUGGUGGGCGGAGUGCAAUGAGGUUAUGGGGUUUGGUGGUUUGUCAUCACACUUCUGCUAGGUGCAUUCCAUUCCCUCUUCGCUAUGCUUGUGAGUUCUUAAUGCAGGCUUUUGGACUCCAAUUGAAUAUGGAGUUGCAAUUGUCAUCACAGAUGUUGGAGAAACAUGUUUUAAGGACGCAGACCCUCUUGUGUGAUAUGCUUCUUCGUGACUCACCUACUGGGAUUGUUACUCAAAGCCCUAGUAUUAUGGACCUUGUGAAGUGUGAUGGGGCAGCCCUCUACUAUCAAGGGAAGUACUACCCUCUGGGUGUGACCCCAACUGAGGCCCAGAUAAAGGACAUAGUAGAGUGGUUAUUGGCUUUCCAUGGAGAUUCCACAGGUUUGAGCACAGACAGUUUGGGUGAUGCUGGGUACGAUGGAGCAGCCUCACUUGGAGAUGAAGUUUGUGGAAUGGCUGUUGCUUAUAUCACAAAAAGGGAUUUCCUGUUCUGGUUCCGGUCCCACACUGCAAAAGAAGUCAAAUGGGGUGGCGCAAAGCAUCACCCUGAGGACAAGGAUGAUGGGCAUAAGAUGCAUCCGCGUUCUUCUUUCAAGGCAUUUCUGGAAGUGGUAAAAAGCCGCAGCUUGCCAUGGGAAAACGCAGAAAUGGAUGCAAUCCACUCUCUGCAGCUUAUUCUGCGAGACUCAUUUAGAGAUGCUGAGCCAAGCAAUUCUAAGGCUGUUGUACAUGCCCAGCUUGGCGACAUGGAGUUGCAAGGUAUGGAUGAACUCAGUUCGGUUGCAAGAGAAAUGGUCAGGUUGAUAGAGACUGCAACUGCUCCUAUAUUUGCUGUAGAUGUUGAUGGCUGUAUAAAUGGGUGGAAUGCAAAGGUUGCAGAGUUGACAGGGCUCUCAGUUGAAGAAGCUAUGGGGAAGUCUUUGGUUCGUGAUCUUAUUUAUAAAGAAUAUGAAGAAACAGUAGACAAGCUUCUUUCUCGAGCUUUAAGAGGUGAAGAAGAUAAGAAUGUAGAGAUAAAACUGAGGACAUUUGGCCCUGUGCAUCAUAAGAAGGCUGUAUUUGUGGUAGUCAAUGCUUGCUCUAGCAAGGAUUACACAAAUAAUAUAGUAGGAGUUUGUUUUGUUGGUCAGGAUGUUACUGGUCAAAAAGUGGUGAUGGACAAGUUUAUCAACAUUCAAGGUGAUUACAAGGCUAUUGUUCAUAGUCCCAAUCCUUUGAUCCCUCCCAUAUUUGCUUCAGAUGAUAAUACGUGUUGCUCUGAGUGGAACACUGCUAUGGAAAAGCUCACUGGGUGGGCCCGAGGGGACAUCAUAGGAAAAAUGUUAGUUGGAGAGAUUUUUGGCAGUUGCUGUCGACUCAAGGGUCCAGAUGCUUUGACAAAAUUCAUGAUUGUCUUGCACAAUGCAAUUGGAGGGCAAGACACAGAUAAAUUCCCAUUUUCUUUCUUUGAUCAAAAUGGGAGAUAUGUACAGGCUCUUUUGACUGCAAACAAGAGGGUAAAUAUGGAUGGCCAGGUUAUUGGAGCCUUCUGCUUCUUGCAGAUUGCUAGUCCUGAAUUGCAGCAAGCUCUGAAAGUUCAGAGGCAACAGGAGAAGAAAUGCUUUGCAAGAAUGAAAGAGUUGGCUUACAUUUGCCAGGAAGUAAAGAAUCCUUUGAGUGGUAUUCGCUUUACUAACUCACUUUUGGAGGCUACAGACAUGACCGAAGAUCAAAGGCAAUUUCUUGAGACUAGUGCUGCUUGUGAGAAGCAGAUGUUGAGGAUUAUAAAGGAUGUUGAUCUGGAGAGUAUUGAAGAUGGUUCAUUGGAGCUUGAGAAGGGAGAAUUCUUUCUUGGGAGUGUCAUAAAUUCUGUUGUUAGCCAAGUAAUGAUGCUGCUGAGGGAAAAAAAUUUGCAAUUGAUUCGUGAUAUUCCAGAAGAAAUCAAAUCAUUGGCUGUUUAUGGUGAUCAAAUAAGAAUUCAACAGGUCCUAGCUGAUUUUUUGUUGAAUAUGGUGCGUUAUGCACCAUCACCAGAAGGUUGGGUAGAGAUUCAUGUUCGUCCAAGCUUGAAGCAAAUUUCUGAUGUACACACUCUUGUGCGUACAGAAUUCAGGAUGGUAAGCCCUGGUGAAGGUCUUCCUCCUGAACUGGUUCAGGACAUGUUUCAUAGCAGUCGAUGGUUGACUCAAGAAGGCCUAGGGCUGAGCAUGUGUAGAAAGAUUCUAAAGCUCAUGAAUGGUGAAGUCCAAUAUAUCAGAGAGUCAGAAAGAAGUUACUUCUUAGUUAUUCUAGAACUUCCUGUGCCUCGGAGAGGAUUAAAGAGUAUUGACUAAAUUAUUAGCAUUAAAAGGAGGCCCCAAAAUCAAAGCCUUUUAGUUUCAACCUGAGAUACUUCUUCUGGCAUAUACCCUUUGGAUGGCUUCCAUAACCUGGUUGGUUACAAGGAUUACACUUGCACCAAAGUUCAUUCAGCUGAGUAUUGAAUAAGAUUAAGAACAUGUCCUUCUACCCACUUGACAUGUUAUUCACAUUGCUUUUAGGCAAACACCAGUCUCAACUUCCAAACACAGUUUCUACUUAUAUAAGAUAGCUGAUUGAUUUCUAGCUUAAGUGUAGUCUUAAGAAGAUCUCUCAGAUAUAGUUAUGUGCCAACCUUUGUUGCAUGGUGUGCCACCAUGUGUAUUUAUCACGUGAGCGAGUGCAAGCGGGUGCCAUUCGAGAUUGGUAUUGAGGAUUCCAUUGUGAGAAGCAGUGCUUUCAUGGAAUUACGGCAAGAUUGACUAGCAUCUUUCUACUGCCAUAUUCUACUGCUUUUGGGUUACUCCUCCUAAAUAUAGUUUGUUGUAUAUCCUUUCUAUCUGUGUAAUAAAGUCAAUAGUCCUGCUAUAGUUGUUAAAUUUUUAUGUUACAAGUUGUGUGAAUCUGAUUAAUGUAUGUAUAUGUUUUUGGUCUAUUCGGUAUACAAGUUUAUUUUUAACUCA